AUGUUCCUUGCGCUUCAACCUAAUAAUCUCUCAUGUCCAGAUAUGUCAUUCACUGCUCCACCAGUCACUACUGGACUCUGCAUAAAGCGAUUAUCAAAUGAUGGAAGUCGAGGUAUUGAUGGAAAGAAACUGAAAAUAAAAAUCAAACCAAUGUCUUAUGACAGUUUAAAGAAGAUCCUGGGAUACAUGGAAGGUAAUAAGAGAUUUGAACUAUCCUCCCGCUGCCCAAGUGUCCGAACGGCCGACCAAGUCACUCCACUGCGAAUCGAACAGUUCAAUUACUAUGAUGAGAACAAGCUGAUUGUGAAUGACACUGUUUAUGAGUUAUCGAUUAUCCGUCAUCUACGAAACGCCAAAAAUCCAGAGUCAAUCACGAAAGCCAAUGAAAAAGGAGGUGUAUCGUAUGACGUGGACAUUUUCGGUAGACGAAUCUGGAACUAUAGCGAAAGGAGGCUACCGACACCAGGCGACAUUGGCCCCUUUAAGUCUGACAGGAAUACGCACCCAGAUGUUAUUCAGAGAUUCCGGGAGGAUUAUGAAGCAGAUGUUGCCACAGUUCGAUGUAACAAUUAUCUGAAAUUGACAGUGUCAUUGGGUACAAAAGAAAUUGUGAACUACAAGAGAUCCAUUGGCAUGGCUAUGAAGAGUCUGACAUCUAAGUUCCUUGGAAACCGUAAAUCUCCCAUUCAAGUGAAUCAUCUCGCCAUGGAGGCUAAUCUAAUCAGACUGCCAGUUGGACUGCAAUUCAGGAUUAGAAAGUUGUCAACGCAUCAGAACUUUAAUAAAUUGAUGGAUGGAUUAAAGAAUAUCCUCGACGAACGCAGCUUCCCAUUGGAUUAUGUCCAGACACCCAGUGGUGACAAAGGAUACAAAGGAGUCGGCCAUCCAGUGGUACGUAGUGCCAAGAUCUUGGCGAUCAGUGACCGAGAUAAAAACACGAAUUGGAGCGACUUCCUUCCAAACCUCCACAAUCCGGAAAUCAGACUCUUGAACGAUGAGAUUGAGGAAGCUGUGAUCCCAGUAAUUACUAACUGGAAGUAUUUCGGAAGGGAUAUCGGCACUCAGUUCACGUCUUUAUCGAUUAGAAAGCGGUUUAUGCAGGAGAUAAUUGAACGAGUGACCAGACAGUUCCCGAGCGGGGUGGAAGUUAGUGAGAGAUGCAUCAUGAUUCCGCGAAACAAGGAUUCGGCGAUUCAAGUCUCUUUUGAGGAGGAUGGGAAUGAGUAUUUCAUGCCAAAAAUCGAGAUGGUCAAGAAUGAAUCUGAGUCUUCAAAAUAG